GCUCUCGGGACAGCCUGACGAAAGGCACGAGUUGACAAGUGCAAAUGCAGCACCCAAGCCCUUUGCAAGCGUGUCCUCACGCUGCCCAGCUGAAGCCACACUAGUCCCGGCCUGGCCCGCACGGCCCCUUCCCAGUGUCCUAACUCCUCCCGCCCGCAGCUGCCCACCUCUCCCCACCUCUCCCCGCUCUCUCCAGCCUCUUGUCCACUCUGUGUGCUAAACGUUUGGCUCUGGUGGACAGGCAGGCCUGGUGACAGCAGCAGGCAUGAUGUAGCAGGACGGUGGCUGUCCCCUGGCUCCCGAUCGUGCGCCCAUCGCUGGAGAUGGUUGUGAAGUGGAGCCUGAACAUCCUCCAUGAGGCAUGACUCCAGAGGCGGCCAAACUCAAGGCACGGUCCUCAGGCCUCGGCCAUGGUGGCCUACCUUUUUGGUAACUUUCUCUGGUUACCAAAGGCCUACACGGUCACAGAGAACAGUGGGAGCCUUUUUCCCCUGUUACCACCUGCCUCUGCUGUUUUCUCCCCCUCCCGGUCUCUCUGACUCUGUCUCAGUCUCUGUCCCUUCCCUUGUCUGCUGGUUGGUCUCCAGCUCUGCUUGGCUUUGCCCCAGUGUCUUUGCUUGGCCCAUUUCUGUGGCCAGAAAAGCCCAGCUUUUCCUUUUCCUUAGGGAAGCCUGUGAGGCUGGGCUGGAGCCCCCCUUCCCCCUUCCCCUUGUCCACCCGAGCCUCUGGUCUUCCCGCCCCAGGACUUGUGCUGGAUGUGGGGUCUCCCCCACCCCAAGGGCAGGAUCCCCUGUGCUGCUCCGGGCCCCCACACCCAGUGGGCCCUUGAUGACAAGAGUCAGCCACACGGGCUGCCCGGUAGCACCCACCCACCCACCUGUGUCCCAGAAGCCCCAUGCCAGUCCCCUAAACUGCUGUUGAGCUGGGGCUGGGCAGCAGGCGGGCCGUGGAGACCAAGCCCUUGUGGAUAAGUGAGCCAGAACGUGGGGCAGCGUACCCCGGCCUUGCAGCCUUCUGCCCUGCACCACCUGCCUCUGCUCCCAGGUAGGCAGUGACCUGCACAGGUGUGCUGUGGGCACCGGGGCAGCCGGCCCUGGGAAAGACAGACUGUCCCUGCACGUGUGUGUACAUGUGUGUGUGUGUGUGUCCUCCUGUGUGACCUUGGCCCAGCCUGAGGCUGGCUGGAAACAGCAGCUGUCUCCUGGUCCCAGGUUCACUGCCUGGAGUGUGGCCAGCCUGGAGGAAGGGCCAGAGGCAGGAGGAGGGAAAGGGGGCCCUCUGCAGGAAGCUGGCAACUCGGAGGCUGGCUCCAGCCCCAUAAAUACCAGUGGGCCCGAGGGAGGCCCACACACAGGCCGGCGGGCACCAUGGGGCACCUGGAGCUGGUCAUCGUGGGCCUCGCCUGCUGCUGGGCAGCAGCGAGCGCAGCAAAGCUGGGCGCCGUGUACACGGAAGGAGGCUUCGUGGAAGGCGUCAACAAGAAGCUCAGCCUCUUCGGCAACUAUGUGGACAUCUUCAAGGGCAUCCCCUUCGCCGCCCCCCCCAAGCCCCUGGAGAACCCUCAGCGGCACCCCGGCUGGCAAGGAACCCUGAAGGCCAAGGACUUCAAGAAGCGGUGUUUGCAGGCCACCAUCACCCAGGACAGCACCUACGGGGAUGAGGACUGCCUCUACCUCAACAUCUGGGUCCCCCAGGGCAAGAAGGAAGUCUCCAGGAACCUGCCUGUCAUGGUCUGGAUCUACGGAGGCGCCUUCCUCAUGGGUGCCGGCCACGGGGCCAACUUCCUCAGCAACUACCUGUACGAUGGAGAGGAGAUCGCCACUCGGGGCAACGUCAUCGUGGUCACCUUCAACUAUCGCGUCGGCCCCCUGGGCUUCCUCAGCACCGGGGACGCCAACCUGCCAGGUAACUACGGCCUUCGGGAUCAGCACAUGGCCAUCGCUUGGGUGAAGAGGAACAUCGCAGCCUUCGGGGGGGACCCCAACAACAUCACCAUCUUUGGAGAGUCAGCUGGAGCCGCUAGUGUUUCUCUGCAGAUCCUCUCCCCGUACAACAAGGGCCUCAUCCGGCGAGCCAUCAGCCAGAGCGGUGUGGCACAUUGCCCCUGGGUCAUCCAGAAGAACCCCCUCUUCUGGGCCAAAAGGAUCGCCGAGAAGGUGGGCUGCCCCAUGGACGAUACCGCCAGGAUGGCCGGGUGUCUGAAGGUUACCGACCCCCGUGCCCUGACGCUGGCCUAUAAGAUGCCCCUGGCUGGCAUGGAGUAUCCCAUGUUGCAUUACCUGGGCUUUGUCCCUGUCAUCGACGGAGACUUCAUCCCCGAUGACCCCGUCAACCUGUACAGCAACACAGCGGACAUCGACUACAUAGCAGGCACCAACAACAUGGACGGCCACAUCUUUGCCAGCAUCGACAUGCCAGCCAUCAACAAGAACAAACAGGACGUCACCAAGGAGGAUUUCUACAAGCUGGUCAGAGGGCUCACCAUCACCAAGGGGCUCAGGGGAGCCAACACCACCUUUGACCUCUACGCCGAGCCCUGGGCCCUCGACGAGCCCCAGGAGACCAAGAAGAAGACCGUGGUGGACUUCGAGACUGACAUCCUCUUCCUGGUGCCCACCAAGGUUGCACUGGCCGAGCACAGAGCCAACGCCAAGAGCGCCAAAACCUACACCUACCUGUUCUCACACCCCUCGCGGAUGCCCACCUACCCCAGGUGGGUUGGGGCUGACCACGCGGACGACAUCCAGUACGUCUUUGGGAAGCCCUUCGCCACGCCCCUGGGCUACCGGCCCCAGGACAAGACUGUCUCCAAGACUAUGAUCGCCUACUGGACCAACUUUGCCAGAAGCGGGGACCCCAACAUGGGCCACUCGGCGGUGCCCACACACUGGGCACCCUACACUGUGGAAACUGACAACUACCUGGAGAUCAACAGGAAGAUGGACAGCAGCUCUAUGAAGCAGCACCUGCGGACGAAUUACCUGCGCUACUGGACCCUCACCUACGAGGCGCUGCCCACAGUGAUGGGAGGCGGGGCCCCCUCGGCGCCCCCUUCGGGGGACUCCGGUGCCGCCCCCGCACCCCCCUCGGGGGACUCCGAUGCCGCCCCCGCCCCCCCCUUGGGGGACUCCGAUGCCGCCCCCGCACCCCCCUCGGGAGACUCUGAUGCCGCCCCCGCACCCCCCUCGGGGGACUCCGAUGCCUCUCCUGCGCCCCCCUCGGGGGACUCUGAGGGGGCUCAAAUGCCUGCAGUCAUUGGCUUCUAAUGUCCUUGGCCCCAAGAAGCCAUAGGGUGAGACCCUAGGGGCCCACCUCCCCUCCAGAUCUCUUCCUGAAU